AUGGAAAAUGUAAUUUUUUCAUUUUUAAUUUCUUUUGUUCAACAUGAUUUUUUAUUUUCAUCAUGUAUACCGUCAUCUCGACAAUGUGGUUGUCCGUAUCAACAACCUUUUAUAUCUAAAACAAGAAUUGUCGGAGGUUAUACAGCUCGAGAACAUUCUUGGCCGUGGGUCGUCAGUAUACGUCACGCUGACAAGAAUAAACCAAUAACAGAUCCUGGUGACGCGUUCUGUUGUGGAACACUAAUCAAUGAAGAAUAUGUUCUAACAGCUGCGCAUUGUUUCGAUGGUAGAGUUCGUUCAUUAUUAAAUUAUUUUGUUGUUAUUGGCGCUCAUCAUAUUAAUGAUACAAAUCCAAUUCGAUAUAAUAUUCAAUCUAUUGUAUUACAUGAAAAAUAUGAUAAUAAUUUAUUCUUAAAUGAUAUUGCAUUAGUGAAACUUUCAUAUAAAAUUGAUUUCAAUGAUUCAAAUAUUGGAUUUAUUUGUUUACCACCAAAGAAUAUAAAAACAUAUCCAUAUGAAAAAACGAAUGGUUAUGCAAUUGGUUGGGGUAGUUUUGAAGAAAAUGGUCCGUCAUCGUAUACACUUCAGCAAGUGCGAUUACCAAUUAUUUCGAAUAGAAAUGAAUUUUGUUCGAAUCAAAUACAUGACGAUCAUGGACAAUUAUGUGCAGGACUUAUUCAAGGUGGACAAGAUACGUGUCAAGGAGAUAGUGGAGGGCCAUUAAUGAUUUUCGAUAUGGAUGCUAGUACGUGGAAUAUCGCUGGAAUAACUUCAUAUGGAUAUGGAUGUGCUAAGCCUAAAUUUCCAGGUGUUUAUACGCGUGUUAGUGUGUUUGUUGAUUGGAUUAAUAAAAAGAUGGAUUCAUCGUGUCAAUUAUUGAUGCCUCAAAUAUCGAUUCAGGUUUUGUUAUUUUUAUUUUCUAUGAUUCUAUGUUUGGAAUAA